CGGGAGGGGAACUAAGACAUCGCGUCUCGUUCCUAGUGAGCGAUGAUCUCCCUAUGGAUAUCUUGUUAGGUAUGUACUACCUCUCCGUUGCACAGCCCCAGUUUGACUGGGACCGAAAAGUGGUCAAGCACAUUUUGCCAGGUGGAGGGACCGCCACAUUACGUAAGUUUAAGGCUAGUAGUCUGAUCGAGUCCUACGGAUGCAUGUGUGCCGCCGCGUUUUACAACUAUUAUAAGCAAAAUCCGGAGGAGGGUAUGUAUUCAGUUUAUGUCUCUGUAGCAAACGAGCCGGUGAAAAUGUCGUCGGAGAUAGAGGGAGUAGUUGCUAAGUACCCUGAUCUAUUUGAAGAGUCGAUAGGGGUUGUCGAGAGGGAGGUCGUCCACGCGAUAGAGAUUAUCCCAGGGUCUAGCAUCCCGAAGGGUAGGAUCUAUCAAAUGUCUCCAGGCGAGCUUGACGAGCUUCGCCAACAGCUCAAGGAACUCAUAGAGAAGGGUUGGAUCCGGCCGAGUGUCUCCCCUUACGGAUCGCCAGUUUUAUUUGUGCCAAAGAAGGGGGGUACACUGAGGAUGUGCAUUGACUAUAGGGGCCUCAAUGCCAUCACUGUCAAGAAUCGAAAGCCCCUACCACGCAUCGACGAUUUGCUACAUAGAGUGCACGGGUGUCGGUACUUCAGUAAGAUAGAUCUGAAGUCCGGGUACCACCAGAUUGCAAUCUGGCCCGAGGAUCAACACAAAACCGCAUUUCAGACCAAGUAUGGUCUGUACGAGUUUGUGGUGAUGCCUUUCGGCCUUUGCAAUGCUCCUGGCACCUUUCAACACGCUAUGAAUCGGAUCUUUCAUAACUACUUGGAUAAGUUUGUCAUCGAGUACCUCAAUGACAUACUUAUUUUUAAUAAGACUGUCGAGGAGCAUGUUGCGCACUUAGACAAAGUCCUCAGUCUUCUUCGGCAGCACAAGUUCAAGAUCAACGGGGAGAAAUGCGAGUUUGGUCGCACCCGGAUCUUGUACUUGGGUCAUGAGAUUUCCGCGGAGGGUUUGAAGCCCGAUGACGCGAAGGUGGCCAGCAUCCGUGACAGGCCGCGUCCUCAGUCUGUGACUGAGAUGAGGUCUUUCUUAGGGAUGACCGGCUACUAUCGCAAUUUUGUGAAGAAAUAUAGCAUAGUGGCCGCCCCUUUGACUGACCUGACUCGCCUUGACACCCCAUGGGAGUGGACAGACAGAUGUGAGGCUGCUUUCAGACAUCUGAAGCAUGCGUUGACGCAUCAUGAGGUCUUGAAACUUCCUGAUCUUGACAAGCCGUUUAUAGUAACCACGGAUGCUAGCCAAUAUGGCAUAGGCACCGUGCUCACGCAGAAGGAGGGGCCAAAGUUGAGGCCAGUCGAGUACAUGUCCAAAAAGAUGCCCUCUCAGAAGUUGGCUAAGUCCACCUAUGAGAAGGAGCUUUACGCGAUUUACAAGGCACUGACCCAGUGGAGACAUUACCUCCUUGGGAGCUGCAGAACAGGGCACGCAGUUGCAAAUGACAUCAGGCAAUCACCAGAGGCGAAUGGACAGGCAGACCAGUUGAACCGCGUUGUACAACACCUGCUGAGGCAUUACAUCAAGCCAAAUCAGGUAGACUGGGAUGAGAAACUUGCUCUCAUCGCCAGCCUGUACAACAACGCUGUGCACAGUGCUACGGGAGUGAGCCCGAACAGCUUGCUACUGACUUUCAAGCCUAGACUGCCUUUGGACUCCCUACUACCUGAGAAUCAGCCAUCUGCUGCACCAGGGACGCUAGAGUUUGCUUAUCGGUAUGAACGCCUAAUGCAGCAGGCUGUUGAGCAGAUGCAUAAAGCACAGGCGGCGAUGAUAGAGUCAGAGAACAAACACCACCGACCAUCUACAUUCCAGGUAGGAGAAAGAGUCUGGGUUAAGUCCUCAGAAGUGGGACAAGAGCACGGGAUCUCCCGCAAGCUCAUGCCACAAUACUUUGGACCAUGGGAGGUUCUAGAUGUCGUUGGGGAUGAACCGGAUGGCCCUUCUUAUGUUAUUCGCAUCCCUGGUCACCUACGCACUUACCCUGUUUUCCACGCCUCCAAGCUUGCACCUUCCAAAGAAACUGAUCAGUUUCCCUCUCGUCGCUCUAUGCUGCCCCCAACCAUGGAUGGAGAGGUUGACAUCGACGACAUCGUUGAACACAGGGAAAUGCCAGUUCCAAGACCGACUGGCAGAGGACGUCCUCCAAAACUGAAGCUGCAGUACCCAGUUCGGUUCAGACAUCACACUGAUCCAAAGGAGGAUAGAUGGUUCACAUGGGAGGAACUGAUGCAGACCGCUCCACAGGUUGUCGCUCACUAUGAGAAGUCUCUGCAGAAGGGAAAGCGCUAGAUUAUCGAAGACUGAACUUCUCAGAGGACUAUCGAAGUUUGGAGGAGGGAAUGCCAGGCACAUGGCCUCGAUAUGCCCUACAGG